AAAACCGGACUGGCGUGGCCCGAGAGAAUCGCGGAGUAAGCCCUCCCGAGCCCGUAGCGCCUAGGGACGCUUUAACCGCAGCAACGGCCCGCCCCUCCGAGCUCUCCCAACUCCGGCGACCCGGCCUUUCCUUUCCUCUCAGCUGAGCUCAACCCUUCCACCAGCAUCCCGGCUCUCCGCCCAACCACGCCCCGCGUCGGCCCUUGGCGCGUGAACGCGAGAUGCCGGGCCGCGACCUGCGCGCCCUAGCGCUGGCCGCGGCCGUGGUGACCGCGGGUGUGGUCUACGCCGCGUGGACCUACGUCUCUGCCCUGUUUCCCCCGCGGGGCCACACCUGCUGGGACCCAGGGCCGCGGCUCCAGCGCGCGGGCGCGCGGGGGAAGGGUAGGAAACGGGAGCGGUGGGGAUGGAGAAAGUAAAGGUGAAGAGAGAGAAGGGAAGAAAGGAAACAGAAAAAGAAAAAAUUGGGGAGAAAGGGAAGGAGAAGGAGAGAAUUAAGGAAAAAGAAAAGGAGAAAGAAAAACGUAAGGGGAACGGACAAGAUAAAGAGGAAAAGAAGAAAAAGCAAACGAAGGAGACAGAGAAACAGAAGGAACAAUUUAAGAGAAAAGAGAAAGAGAACAGAAGCCCCUUGACGAGGACCCUGCUCGAGCCGCCGGAGAAAAAUAAGCAGAUUCUAGUACUGGGUCUGGAUGGAGCAGGAAAAACCAGCAUCCUUCACUCUUUAGCUUCAAAUACAGUCCAGCACAGCGUGGCACCCACCCAGGGUUUCAAUGCAGUAUGCGUCAACACUGAAGACAGCCAAAUGGAGUUCCUGGAGAUUGGUGGCAGUGAACCUUUCCGUUCCUAUUGGGAAACGUACCUGUCCAAGGGAUUACUGCUGAUCUUUGUGGUGGAUUCUGCAGAUCACAACCGAUUACCUGAAGCCAAAAAACACCUUCAUCAACUAAUCGAAGCAAACCCAAUCCUUCCUCUGGUUGUGUUGGCAAACAAACAGGAUCUUGAAUCAGCCUAUCAUAUCACAGAUAUCCAUGAGGCUCUGGCAUUAUCUGAGGUGGGAAAUGACAGGAAGAUGUUCUUGUUUGGAACCCAAGUGACUGAGAACGGCUCAGAGAUUCCCUCCAUCAUGCAAGAUGCUAAAAACCUGAUUGCACACCUGGCUGAGGAUGUAAGUGACCAGGCCCAGGCCCACAGGACAGCUCACCGUCAGCUCACACGUCAUCAUGUCAUCAUGGAGUGUUGAGUGGAAGGUUGCAGCCAAAGGUUUCCACUUUCAAAUAAAAAAUAAGCCAUUUCCUAUUUUCUCAAUGCAUAGCAUAUAUACAAAGAUAAUAUUAAUUUAAAUUUAUUAAGAGCAUCUCUUUAUUUAGAUUUUGGACUUUAAAAAUAUUUGUAAAACAGUAUAUUUGGGGAGACUUAGAUGUUUAAUCAACAGAAUUAAAAUGAACAUUGGCAUGUGUUGAGAUUCAUGUCCCCCACAAAAGGCAUGUUCGGGUCCCAACCCCUGGUCCUGUGGUGCGAACCCAUUUGUAAACAGGACCUUUGAAGGUGUUAUUAGUUAAGGUGUGCCCAAAAUGAAUGAGGGUGGGUCUUAUUAAUCCAAAAUGGCUGAAGUAUGUAUAAGCAAAGUAAAUUGGAUAUGGAAUGAGAAGCCGCAGAGUACAGCAAGAAGCUACAAGUCACCAGAAUUUGGAAGAGAAGGGAGAAGAUGCCACCUUAUGCAUUGCCAUGUGAUGGAAAAGUCAAGGAACCCCAAAGAUUACUGGCUAGCCAGAAGAUACAGACCCCAGGAGGAAGCAAGCCUUCUAGUCUCUGAAUCCCUGAGCCAAUAAAUUCCUGUUGUUAAAGCAGCCCAUUGUAUGGUAUUUGUUUUAGCAGCUAGGAAACUAAUACAGCAAGCAUUCGUCCUAUUUGUGAUUUUUAAAUGACAUGAAAUUUAUAUUAAAUAUUUCAUUAAACUUUCUCCUUUCCAGUAAACAUCCAACUAUUUUCCUUUAAGUGGAUCUGUUUAAUACAGCAGGGAAAGAAAUAUCAGGAUGGAGCAAUGAAAAAAGUUAAGUACUGUCAAUGCCACAUAUAAAUUAACAGUAUUCAGAAAGAUUUAGGUAAGGCAUCUGUGAUGUUUUGGAGGUUUUAUGGACCCCAGAAAACCAUGUUCUUAAAGCUAAUCCAUUCCUGUGGGUGUAACCUAUUGUGAGUGGGAAAUUUUUAUUAGGUUAUUUCAGCUGAGGCCUGCCCCAGGUGGGUC